UAAUAAAACAAGAAAUAAUAUUAUAAGAAAAGAAAAAUCAACGACGACCAACUUCUGAGAUGGAAAUGCAACACUAUUCUAACUGAGGAGGCAAAUACAAUUUACUUCCUAAAAUGCUAGUUUGGCUUAAAGUCGUCGUUCAACAAGAAUAUUUGCUUUUCUUGCAAAGUCUUUAUGCCAAACUCAUGAUGCAAGCAAGGAAGCAAGAAGCAUGAUUUGGAACUAUAGUCCGAAGAAAAGAAGCUUGAUGGAGCCAAAUUGACUCAUCAAACACAUUAUGGAGCCAAAUGCAGGCCAUGACGACUUCUUUGAACGCAUCAACUUACAAGGAAAGAACACCGGGGCAGCAUUUUUCAUACGGCCAGGCACCGGAGCUGAGACGCACUCCGGUGAUUGUUGCUGCAUCAACAUUUAUAUAAACAGCAAUGUUCAGGGAGCUAACAAUUCGUUUCUGGAUGGGAGUUGUGUGAAAAUGAAGGAUCCAGGAGUUCACUUGUUCUUUGGAGACGUGAAGUUGGGUAAGUCUUUUAGAAGAAACAAGAUGAACAGAAGGAGAAGGAGAAAGAAAAAGGAAGGCCCAUCUGCUUCGAAGCAGCAGCUAGGGUCUUGUCCCAUUUUUUUAUUUGUAUUUUUCCCAUUCAUCUUGUUCCUUGCAUUGUUAUGCCCAUGAAAUUGGGAUUUGUAUGCCAACUUUUUUGUUCUUUUGACGACAAAACAAAACAACAGAUUUCGCAGAGCAGAAAAUAUAACUAUUUGUGAAGUGAAACUUAUCCAAACAUCACUUAUCUACAUAUGUGAGUCUUAUCUCUUCUCUUAUAAUAAUAUAAGAAAACUUUCGUAAACGUUAAG